GUAACACUCUACAAUCUCAAAUGUGAUCCAAUUUUUGAUUUUGAUGAAGGACCACGAAAUGAUAUGUAUUUCAAUCGUUUUGGUAAUAUUUUGAUUUUAUGUGGUUUCGGCAAUAUCUCAUCAGGACGUAUGCAGUUUUGGGAUGUUGAAGCGCGUCGAGAAAUUGUUACGAUUCAAGCUCCAAAUACGACAUUGUUGGAAUGGGCACCGGAUGGUCAGCAUUUGAUGACUGCCACCACAGCUCCAAGACUACGAAUAGACAACUGCUUCCGGAUCUGGCACUACACUGGUCGUUUGCUUUUCGAACGUCGUUUUGAUAAUCCAUCAGAACUGUGGCAGGUAAUUUCAUUCGCAGUAUCGUUUUUGUACCGUUUCAUAUUUCAUUUUAUGCUAAAAGCUAGUGCAUGA